AUCGAACCGCCUCACUGGAAGGCUGGACUACAAAACAAUUAUAAUUAAGACAAGUGACUGACCCAUGUACUGGUUUGUCUUAUACUCGCGGUUACAAUGGACAACAACGACCCGUAUUUGCUGUAUCAUGGAGUUUUAGUCACAAAGGUUUCCCACACUGAUGACAGUCUGAAAUAUUAUGAGUCGUUUCAAGUGCAGGAUGACGACGUGAUCGCAAUUACUUAUCCCAAAUCUGGUACAACAUGGAUGCAGGAAAUUCUUCCCCUGCUCCUGAAUGGAGGGGAUUUGACCCCAGUACUGACCAUCCCAAGCUGGGACAGAGUGCCAUGGCUUGACGGGUUACGUAUUCUUGGAAUCGCAGACAAGCUGAGUGCUCCACGGGCCUUCGUUUCCCAUAUGCCUUAUCAUCUGAUGCCUUCCUCCUUCUUUUCUUCUAAGGCUAAGGUCAUUUAUGUUUCUAGAAACCCAAAAGAUGUCCUGGUUUCCACUUUUCAUUUCCACCAAAUGGCCAGUUUUCUACAUGACCCAGGAACCUUCGAAGAAUUUGCAGACCAAUUCCUAGCAGGGAAUGUGAUCUUUGGAAAGUGGACUGAUCAUGUGAAGUGCUGGAGAAACACGGAUUUGGGUGACAGAAUUCUUUACAUCACGUACGAGGAGAUGAUUCAGGAUCUGCAUGGGGUUCUCGAACGCAUGUUACUCUUUCUUGGUAAGAGCAUGAGCAAAGACGCUCUGAACCGUGUGACUGAACACUGUACGUUCAAAACCAUGAAGCAAAACAAAAUGUCCAACUAUUCGCUGGUGCCAGAGGCUUUAAUGGACAACAAGAAGUCUUUUCUCAGAAAAGGAAUUGUUGGAGAUUGGAAGAAUUAUUUCAGCCCAGAGUUGGAGUCGAAAUUCAACACAGCUAUUUCUGAAGAAUUAAAGGGAAUGGACAUCACAUUCCCCCUGGGAUGAGGAACACAGAUGAAAAAAAAAGAGAG